AUGAGCGCAACACUUGCACCCCCCAGCGUCGACGUCGGCACCCUGUCGCCCGCGCCCGCACCCGCCAAGUCACGUGCCUCCACAGCCACGAAGAAACAGACCCCAACCGCCCUAGUCUCGCUGCUAUCCGGUGCCGUCGCGGGCGGCGUCGAGGCCACAGCAACCUAUCCCUUCGAGUUUGCCAAGACGCGCGCCCAACUGCAGGCCGGCAGCGGUGGCCCCAAGAACCCCUUCGCCGUGGUCGCUCAUGUCGCCCGCACCCAUGGCGUCGGCGCCAUCUACACGGGCUGCUCCACGCUGAUAGUGGGCACCGCUUUCAAAGCUGGCGUGCGCUUCCUCUCCUUCGACUCGAUCCGCAACCGCCUCGCUGACGAGCAUGGCGUGCUGUCUCCCGCGCGCGGCGUGCUGGCAGGAAUGCUAGCCGGCUGCGUCGAGAGCAUCGUCGCUGUCACGCCUACGGAGCGCGUCAAGACGGCCCUGAUCGACAACGCGAAGAGCACCAGUGCUGCGCGCUAUCGCGGGGGCCUCCACGCCACCCAAAUGAUCCUCCACACUCACGGCCUGCCUGGCCUAUAUCGCGGGCUCGUCUCCACCACCAUGAAGCAGUCAGCCACCUCUGCCGUCCGUAUGGGCUCCUACAAUGUCUUGAAGGAUGUCGCGCGCCAGAAGAACUUGCCGCAGAAUAGCUUCGUCACGUUCGGGCUGGGUGCCAUAGCCGGCACCGUUACUGUCUAUGCAACACAGCCUUUCGAUACCAUCAAGACGCGCGCCCAGAGCGCACAAGGCGCGAGUACAAUGGAGGCCUUUUGGAGCGUUAUGCAACAUGCUGGCGUUCGCGGUUUCUGGAGUGGAAGCACGAUGCGACUGGGUCGAUUGGUCUUCAGUGGCGGCAUAGUCUUUACUGUAUAUGAGAAGCUAGCAGCUCUUAUGACUCCGUCAUCGUUAUAG